UUUUAGGCUGAAGUCUCUUGCCGUUGUAUCUUAAUUGCCCAAAUUUGUGUUGGCAGAUGUGACUCCAGUUGUUAUGCUUUCCCUACGUACAGGGAGAGAAGGUAUCCAGUAAUCUGGAUCUAACUCACUGAGAACUGUCAAGAUGAACACCAUGACCUUGAAGUGGAUCUGGUAUUUAACAAGGAACUGGACUGCUACGUGAGGCCCUGGAGUGACAGUGUCAAACAUCAGUGUUGCUGAUUCAAUUGGCUGCUGAGCUCGGGAUCCCUGUUGUUUCCUGGGUAUGUAGUGCUAUUCCUCCACUUGUUUGAACUGGUCUUCUAUGUACCUUGUACGCUGGAGUGCCAAAGAAUGCAAUCCUUCUAUCAAGUUCCUGAGAAAAGUUGGCUUCAGGCAGAGUUACUCCACUGCUUUGAAACAGAAGCGGCUGCAUCCUGUGAUCUCGUGGAAGGCUGAGGGCUUCCUGCUAUCAAGAGAGACGUGGAGUGCAGCUUGACAGAAGCUGAAAUGGAUCUGAGUUUUUGCUGCUGACUUGAAGCAUGGUUGCGUCCGCCAAGUCUAUGCAUGGAGUGAGCUCAGGUGUUUGCAAGAUAAAUGGCUCAUUUAAACUGGGAGCUACUAAAAUACUCUCUGGCUGGCAAAUGCAGUGCCUAGCAGCGGUCAUCAAGGACGAACCAAACAUGAGUGGAGGAGGGGAACAGGUCGACAUCCUGCCGGCCAAUUAUGUAGUCAAAGAUCGUUGGAAAGUGUUGAAGAAGAUUGGUGGCGGUGGCUUUGGGGAGAUUUAUGAGGCAAUGGAUCUGCUGACCCGUGAGAAUGUGGCCUUGAAGGUGGAAUCAGCCCAGCAGCCCAAGCAAGUUCUCAAGAUGGAAGUGGCUGUCCUGAAAAAGCUGCAAGGAAAGGAUCAUGUUUGCAGAUUUAUUGGCUGUGGAAGGAAUGAAAAAUUUAAUUAUGUGGUCAUGCAGCUUCAGGGCCGAAAUCUUGCAGAUCUCAGAAGAAGUCAGCCUCGAGGGACUUUCACGCUGAGCACAACACUGCGAUUAGGCAAACAGAUUCUGGAAUCAAUAGAAGCCAUUCACUCUGUGGGAUUCCUCCAUCGUGACAUCAAGCCUUCCAAUUUUGCCAUGGGCCGCUUACCUUCAACGUACAGGAAAUGCUACAUGUUAGACUUUGGUCUAGCCCGUCAAUACACCAACACCACUGGUGAAGUCCGACCACCUCGCAAUGUUGCUGGUUUUCGGGGAACAGUCCGCUACGCUUCGGUGAAUGCACACAAAAACCGAGAGAUGGGUAGACAUGAUGAUCUGUGGUCCCUCUUUUACAUGUUGGUGGAAUUUGCAGUUGGUCAGCUUCCAUGGCGAAAGAUCAAAGAUAAGGAGCAAGUUGGCAUGAUAAAAGAGAAAUAUGAACACCGGAUGCUGCUAAAACACAUGCCUUCAGAGUUUCACCUUUUUCUGGAUCAUAUUGCAAGCCUAGACUACUUCACCAAGCCAGACUAUCAGCUAAUCAUGUCCGUGUUUGAGAACAGCAUGAAAGAAAGAGGCAUUACUGAAAAUGAAGCCUUUGAUUGGGAGAAGGCUGGUACAGAUAUCUUGCUGUCCACUAGCACCUCUACUCCACCACAGCAAAACACUAGGCAAACAGCAGCCAUGUUUGGGGUGGUUAAUGUCACCCCGGUACCUGGGGACUUGCUUCGUGAGAACACUGAGGAUGUCCUGCAGGGUGAACAUCUGAGUGAUCAAGAGAAUGCUCCUCCCAUCCUGUCGGGCCGGCCAGCAGAAGGUCUUGGCCAGGUUCCAAACACUGCUUUCAAUGAGGCUGAAGUUUGGGAAGAGACAGAUGUGAAUCGCAACAAACUCAGGAUCAGCAUCAGCAAAACUCAGUGCAUGGUAGAAGAGGAGCAGAGAAAUGGUGUCUGCCCCAGCUCCCCUGUCCGAGUGCCUCCAGAGUCCCCUACUGCACAAGUGCGCUCCCUAAGAUACCGCCGUGUGAACAGCCCUGAGUCAGAACGCCUCUCCACUGCUGAUGGCAAAGCAGAUCUACAAGAAAGAAGAUCUCGAAUGGAUUUACCUGGCUCUCCAUCACGGCUUGUAUGUUCCUCCCAGCCAGCCCAGAUGCUGUCCAUUGAUACUGGCCAAGCGGACCGGCAGGCAAGUGGUAGGAUGGAUGUUUCUGCUUCAGUGGAACAUGAAGCCCUCAGCAAUGCUUUCCGCUCGGUACCGCUGGCAGAGGAAGAGGACUUUGAUAGCAAGGAGUGGGUUAUCAUCGAUAAGGAGACAGAGCUGAAGGACUUUCACCCAGGUGCUGAGCCAAGCACCUCUGGGACCACAGAUGAGGAACCUGAGGAACUAAGACCUAUUGAAGAGGGUGAGGAGAGAAGGCGCUUGGGGGCAGAUGUUGCAGUCAGGCCGAAGAUACAUGAUGGGCGAAGUCGAGGUAUGCAGCCUGUGACUGAGGAGGAUAGUUCCCACAGACAUGAAGGACCUUCUCAAACAGUAUCUGACAGUAAACAUGAACAGCAGACAGGAAGUCCAGCCCACUCCCCCCUGCACUCAGCACCAGCUAUCCGACAAAGGAGACGAGAGUCUGAACCUACUGGUCCUCAGAGACAGUCAUAUACACUGAAGUCAUUUGAAAUGAAUGGUCUGCCCAAGGCAGUGCCUUUAAGUUUGCCUUAUCAAGACUUCAAAAAAGAUGUGUCAGACUACUGGGAAAAGCCUAAGGUACCCCAGCGGAUAAAGAAAGUUGACUUCUCAAAUGUUGUCUUGACUGCUCCUUGCAAACCCCUUGAACCUCAACUUGAAAUGAAUGGGAAAGACGAGGAAGAAGAAGAGGAGGAAGAAGAAGAAGAGGAAGAAGAGGAGGAGGAGGAGGCAGGGGACGAGAUUGAUAUGCACAGCGGCUCCAGCAGUGACAUGAGUCAAAAAAGCACAGAGCGCAGCCAGGAAUGCGCGCCAUCCACGCUCCUGGCCGAUGACCAGAAGGGAUCCAAGGGUCGAGCUUCCACUGCUGAUGGGGAUCUGGAACUGGAGGAGGGCUCAAAAACACUAGUGCUGUUUUCACCAGGUGAUCUGAAAAAGUCUCCGGUGACCACAGACGUGGCUCCAGAGGUUGAUCUGGGGACUCUUGCUGCCCUCACACCUCAGAGCGAGCGGCCACAGCCUAUGGGUAGCCAGUUAGAUGUAUCCGAGCCAGGGACCUUGUCCUCUGUCCUUAAAUCUGAACCAAAGCCUCCUAUGGCAGUGGCUACAACUUCCUCCCCUUUCACCAAAGUUGAGCGCACAUUUGUUCAUAUUGCUGAAAAGACCCACUUAAAUGUCAUGUCUUCCAGUGGGCAGCUGAUGAGGCAUGAGGAAUACUGCCCUCCUGGUCCGUUUGAAGAGAUCAUCAUUGAAGAAGAGAUGGAGGAAAACCUGGUGCUGGUGGAGAAUGGAAGCAUGCAUUCAGGGCUAGAAGGGGCAGAGACAGAAAGCUGUGCACUCUCAGCUAAUCACAUUGGAAUCACCUCAGAGACAGUAGGGGAACAGGUAGCCCUUCCCAGUGGCGUUGCAAAGCCUCCUGAGGACAAGUUGGAGCUCUCUGACAAAGCAGCGCUCUCAGUAGAUUUGGAAGAGCCUGGCAAGAUGGUUGCAAGAGAGCCUGACCUUGAGAAGACAAUACCCAUAACAGAACACCUUAAACAAGCAGAAACCCUCCUUGACACACCACAGCAGCGCCCCAGGAGACCUCUGGGAUCCAGGUACAGGAGUCGGAUACCCAUUUUGUUCUCUGAGGAGGACACUGGCUCAGACCUUUCAACUUCACUCUCAGCCAAAGAGAGGCUUUAUAAGAGGGCAAAGCAACCUGAUUUGGCUCGCCUAGUGAUGGAGAAGAGGCAAAACCGUCUCCUUAGGCUGGCCUCAGGGGCCUCCUCCUCAGCAUCCUCCAGUGAUGAGAGGCGGCGGGCUUCAGAAACCCUUUCAGCCACUGGUUCUGAGGAGGAUACCCAUGACUCUGAUGACUCCAUCCCAAGAAAGGCAGGGAAGGAGAAGGCUGCCCUCCUGAGAAAAGAAGAGAAACACAUAAGCACAAAGAGCAGAAUCCCUCGGCCCAUCGCACCGGUGAAAACACCGCUAGAGACAAUGAGGUCUGAGAGCUCCAUGGCUGUUGCCAUGCCAGUGCUCUGUAGCUCCCUGCAAGAUGCAGCUGCUGCCUACAGUGACUCCCGAACAACACAGAUACAAAGCCGGCUUCCUCCUUCACCGAGUUCCACUGCUCUUCCUCCACGAAGCAGCUCACGGAGGUCUAGUUGUGCACCCCCUCGAAGUCCUGUCCUUCCUCCAAGAAACCCCAGUGCUUCCCCUAGAAGCCAGUUACUGUCUAGGAGGGAAAGCCCUUCUCCCUGUCGACAACGUAAGCCAGGGACUGCAAUUCAGCGAGUUCCACCUUCCCCCCGACCUCAGCCCCAAACUCAGGCCCUGGGGCCGACAGGAGACUCCCUGCCCUCACCCGGUGUGGCCAAAAAAGGACAAAGAGGGAAAACCCAGACUCAGAGUCCAGCAACCAAAGGAAAGCAGGUGUCCCUGGCAAGUAAGGCAGCUGCCAGAUAAUGAUCUUCUUCUGCCAGCCCAAUAGACUGGGUAACUUCUGCAUAUAGUAUACACUUGAGAUGCUGCAGCACAGCCUUCCAUGCGGGAACCACAAGUGCAUAGCAGUAGCUGUACUUCAAUGCUUCACUCACUCUCACCCCACACUGUCGCGAUCAGCUCCCACGGGCCUGAGAGCCUCUGAGCCACGGAGCCUUCUUCAAGGGAAACAUCCUGUCCCUGGCUGACGCUUGCUAAUGCACAGCACCAAGCAGUGACUCAGGCAGCCUGCCCAGUGCCUGACUCUCCUCCCUCCCUUGGCAUUCCCCUCUCUCUGUUAGCAAUACCAGUUGCCAAUACCGCGCGCUGACCCUGGCUUUGGAAAUGGGAGCAGAGAUGAUGAGAGUGAGGCCUGCUGGGAGGAAGUCUCCUGUCCUUCAGGCAGCUUCCUCUUCCCUCUUUGCUGGUAAAACGCCAACUAUGGCUGCCAUGUUUUACCUGAGUGUUGGCUCACCUCCUGCCAUCUGCGUGAGCAAGGGAUCAUCACUAGCUUAGCCAAGAGGAGUAUACGUGACCUGAGAGGAGAGGAGCAGGGGAGGGAUGGAGGGCGACUCUGCUCGCCCUUCCUGAGGUGUCCCUGCCAGCAGGUCCAGGGAGACAGACAGGCCUUGCUGGAUGUUCUCAACUCCUACCUGCUCCAGUAUGUCCCACAGAGGAGGGAGCUGGCAUUGCUGCUCGGUGACACUGCUGCAGUUUCAGCAGAUGCGUGGUAUUUAGAUGGAAGUAGGGGCUGUGCUGACAGCUUGCUGGAAAAUCAAGAGCGCCGGCUUACUGAUGGGGACAGGAGCGCUCUGCAGCUGCUUCUGUCUCAAAUAGUGAAGUGUGACCUGUAGAGCCUUCAUCUUCCAACAGGGGGUGGGCCCUCUAGACUUGAGUGUGUUUGGUGCCGUGGUUCUGCAGUCCACCAGACGCAGCUCCAGCCUGAAGAUGUGAAUAGUCACUGGAUGCCUUUAGCUCAGGUGCCCCUUGCACCUCAAUUCCUUGUUUUAUUGUCACGCUCUCGGUGUUUGUGAAUUUUGGCACUGUGGCUGAAAGUUCCCCUACACAGCAGGGGGGGAAGUAAUUAUUCUGUAGUAUGCUCAAAAGCUGCUGCUUUGCCAAGAGAAGUUUGCUGGCUCUCCAUGAGUAUCCUGUUCAUCUCUGACCUAGCAUACAGCUGGCUGAGUUGGGGAGGUCGAGUUUAUUAUGUCUUUCUCUUUUUGAGUGCUCAACUCUUCCACCCCCUGCUUGAGCACUAACGAUGUGACCAUAAGAGAAAGGGCUGUGCUCUUCAAAUGACGUUAUCAGAGCAGACGCUCAGGCCUCACUUAGAACUAAACACCAACUCUUUAGCUGCCAGACUAAUAAGAAAGGCUUGAAAAUGUGAAGCAGGAGGACUGACACAGAGAUACUUGUCUGACUCUGAUGAGCUCUUGAAGUAGUCACAAAAUUUCCCCUGUAUCUCACAAGGGAAAGCACUCCAGACCCAAAUACUCUGGGCUUCACAGCAGUGUUGUGCCUAAAAAAGGCUUUGUAGGAGGCAGAAUAAAAAUACGGCUUCUCUGUCCACCCACCCCUGCAGCUGCAACUAGCAGCUUCCAUAAAUAAUUGCAGAUGAUGGAGGAAAAUGAUGAUGGAGGAAUCUAGAGAGUAAUAUACUUGAUUCAUAUGAACAUAUAUAUAUAGACAGCCACAGUCAUGGCCAUGGAGUCUGAGGAAUCCUGAAGCAGUUCGCAUCUAAAGGAACUGUUCUGGAGAGGAGUAUGAGAGCUGUGGUGGUGUGGCUAGGAGAACAGUGUAUUCCUUGGACAUCUGCACAGGGAAAUAUCUAGAAACAGAUGAUGGGAAUUACCUCUCUCUAUACGACAGUAUCAGUGUUGUCAAUGCUAAUAGUUUGUUUCAUGUAGGUCAAAGUGUUUUGCAUAGAAGUUAUUUCCCUUGGUAGAGCAAGAAGCACAGCUUCUAGUCUAAAAACACAUCCCAGCCCUCGUCAUGGCAUAGAAGCACUGGGAACUCUGAGCUCGGGUUGCCGUUUGAUGGAUUGAGCUGACGUUUCCAUCAAAAGAGGCAGUCCCUCCAAGCUCCAUCUGCUUUGCUGCACUGUCCCACCUCCCUUGCAUUGUGCCAGCUAUUUGGUGAAGAGGUUGGAAACACUGAUUCAGUGUGAAAACAAACGCUUUGUUUUGCAGGGUCAGUUUGUCAGGCUGGUUCAGCACAGUCUGGUUCAGUUCGUCAGUGUGGAUCACACAAACGCUUGCGCCAGAAGUGGGGGAAGAAGAGGACAGAUGGUGUGUCCACUUCUUCUGGGGACACCGUGACUCCAUGUGAGUUCAAAGCGUUGGUCAAAGUACACCCUAAAUAUGCCCUGCAUGUGUAGAAAUUAGAAACCAAACACAGAUUCUUCCCACAAAUAAGAACAGUAAUAACAGCCCUAUUAAUUUGUUCAUUUUAGAAUGCUCAGUUGGUAAGACAUGGUCAGUGAAGCUUUUACCAGGCCUUCCAUCCAGGUCUUGUAUGCACAAGCCAAAAAAAAGAUAUUGAAAUAGCUUGAGAAGAGAGCUACAAGACUGUUUACACAAUUGGCAAACCUGCCUCAUCAUGGGAGGCUAAUGAAGCACAAUCAAGGUAUUUCUUCAAGGGAAGGUUUAGAAGAGAGUUGUCUGUGCUCCAGAAGAACCAGUAUGGGGAAGGAAGCGCCCAGAACACGGUUCUUCAAUCUAGCAGAUGAAGCAGGGAAGACUGAGUAGCUGAGAACAACAGAUGGAGAGGUUCAGGUUAAGGAACUGGGUAGAUUUUUUUAGCUAUGCAGCAAAUAAGAAAGAGCCCUCACAUUUCUUGUGAGAGGUUUCCCUGGAUAUUUGGUUUUCUGAGAAACCUGGUGUCUGCUUCUAAGACAUCUUCCUGCCGUAACCCAACCAGAUAGUAGGCAGGGUGCUGGUGACACCAAGGUACCUUCUCUCUGGUGUGAUGUGGUAGAUCCGAGUGUCUAAGAUUCAUGAGCCUGCAAGACACAUGCCAAAGUUGUCACAUGGUGGAAAGCCACCGCUCAGGUCCCACAGAGUUCAGAAAGCCAGUGAAAGAUUUCCAGGGCAGAAAAUACCAGCCUUUCCCCAGGUGCCCUGUUGUUUGAUAGGGCUGGGCUGAGGCUGCAGCUGGUUCCACCGCGAUCUGGGAGAGCUGCCAUCAGCCAUCCUUCCAUGUGGUCAUGCUGCCAGCUGCCCUGCGCCAGCACAGCCCUGUUUGCCAGCUGCAUGAGACUGCCCUGACAUGGAGGGGAGCAGGACAGUGUUUCAAUGACAUGGUACUUCCCCUGGUCAUUUUGGAUGAGAGGGCUGCACCGUCAGCUCUGAGGGCAGUAAAAGUUGUCUCACUGCAGCAAUGCCUUCCCCCCAGAUACCCUCAGCAGGAGCUGCUGGAUGCUGUCACUGAAAGGUUUCAAAGGUUUCAAAUUCCUGCAAGGCCUGCCUGUCCCUGCGUGUCCCACAGAUUUGGAGCUCUGGACCUGUUCCCGGUGGCAGGUGAUGCUGUGAUCCUGGCUGAACAUCACAGAUGAAGUGUUUCACAUUGCCUCUUUCAUUCCUUCACCAAAAUUAUUUUUACAGGAUCCCCAGCGCUGGGCUUUUCCAGUCAAGUGGGUAAAAAGAAUUUGCUACCCACAGGAGCAUGCUGUCUAACAAGAGAAGAUCCACAUAGUCAUGUUUUACUAGCAAAGCCAGUCACACUGUGUUGCAUGACCUAGUAUGUUCUCAAGCCCUCUGUUAGCAGCCGGAGUACUGCAGGAGGGCCAGUGGUGGCUUGCUCCAUGGCACAAGCGUCAGGAGGGAGAUUUGGUGAAGGCUCUGCGAUGCAGAUGCUGCUCUGGAUCUCUUCCCUCGCUCUGAUUUUCAAGGUUCUGUCCUUUGGUUGCUCAAGAGUGAGCGUAGUCCCAGGGGACACUCAUCGCGGGGGUGCUCAGUGCACACUAGUUGCAGAAGCUCCUUGUCCUCUUGUGUGGCUAUCUGUAGGGGUUUCUGGCAUGCAGCUAGAGCUGGCAGUGACAUUUCCUGCUAAUGUCACUAUAAAAACUGCCCUGCAAGAGGGUCAGCAGCUCACCCGUGUCCUGUCUUCUGCCCCAUCCCACAAGGAGCCUGGGAGGGCACCUGUCAUAUCUGGGGCAAACAUGGGAGACUGUGUUUAGCGGCAGGUCUGCCUUAUUAGGGAGAAGUUAGGUCCUUGAGGGGUAGGGCAGAAGAGCCAGUCUUUCUCUGGCAUGGCAGGACGUGAGGGGGGUGUCACAUCCCAGAAAGGCAAGAGAAGCAAGCCCAUGGUGCAUGGCUCUUUCAAGCCCUGAGGACACACAGGGGUGCUCAGACACUGCUUUUGGAGAGGGGCAUUGUUCUUGCAGUGAAGGUGGAGAAGAUGGUUAGGAAGAAUAAAGAAAAGUGUUGGGGUGGGGGUGGGGGUAGGAGAUGCAGACUCCCGAGCAGCAGACCCUUUUCCAUGUUAGCGAGGACUUCUGAGAACAGCCUGAUACCAUGUGAUUCCCACUUGGUGAGUUUGCUGCAAGAUCUGUCCUGGCCAGCUGCGCAUGGUUGUGCUUUUGUGUAUUUUGAGAGCAGUCCUGGAACAGCCUGCCACUGUGCGUGUGUUUGAGUGUGUAUAUUUGCAUGGGCAGUGGGAACGGAUAGGAUUUCUUCUGGGAUAUGCCCAGAGUCCAGCACUGUGGGGUCCUGUGCCUGUGUUGGAAGCAAGAGCGUCUUGGAGACUGUCUGACAUCAUGAGAUUUAGUAAAUGCUCUGCUAAGCGUUUUGCUUUGCUGGGGUCUUUGAAAAUCCUGCCUGCUUUCUCAUCUGCCAGCUGAGAAGAUGGGAUGCUGGCUGGUUGCCUGGCCAGGAGAUGUUUGCAAAGAAACUGGGAUAUGGGAGAAUGAGCGAAGUGGUGAACCAGGAAGACAGUUCUCAACACUAAGCCGGUGUGAUGGACAGGUUAUAUGAGUGGAGGGAGCAAAAAGAUUAAUGGUGCUGGACAGGCUUAUGCCAUGGAGGGACCUGAACAUAUGGCAGGAGAUGCUUUACUGAUUCAUCUGGUUGGCAGCGCAUACACUCCUGCUUGUCUUGGUGCAAAAGGUGUCUCGGUAGCAGACAUUUCUGAGUCAGUUGUGCUUGGAAUUUGUGAGUGGCAGGAGGCUUUGCUUGGCCUUUAUAGGUAAAGAAUAUUAUAAUAUAUAUAUUAUUAUAACAUAAAAUAAUAUAAGUAGUGCCCAUUAUAUGUAGUGGCUAAAGGUUGAAAAGGAGCCUGCUACCUUCAAAGUGCCCUGAUGCUAUGCGAUGCCUGAUCUGUGCAGGAAUGACUGCCUUGUGCGGUGCAUGUGAAUGGAGGAACAGUACACCCGUCUACCAAAGUGCAUGUCGGCCGUGAGGCCGCACUCACCAGAGCAUGAAACCGGGGCCAAAACAAGAUGACUUGGAUAACUGGCGGCAAUUGUGCUUGCCUCCAGAGCUGUAAUAACCAGUCGACUGGCACACAUCUCCGCGUGGCAUGUGUCUGGGUCGGAAGACUCUUUGCUCAGGUGGUUGCCCUUUACUGACACAAGUCUGGUUGUGUACUAGUGAAACGUUUUGAUCCAAAGCAAGUUGGGUUAGGGGCAAGAAAAUCUUUGAUGAUGUUUCUCCUUUCCAACACACAGGUAUUUUCUCAGUGUAGAUCCUCUAUAAGAAGGUGGCUAAGUAUCUAUUUAUAGCCUGACCAGCUCCGGUAGCAGCUCGUUGGUCCCUUAGCACAUUUCUUUCCUCUCUGUAUAGUUUCCUGAUCCCUGGCAUGAUCCCAUCAGUGUUUCGUGUGCACAGACAUCGAUGCCUACCGAAGGUCUUGCCCCACACAUCAGUCGACUGUGGUUAAGUUACUCUUGUUUCAGUGAACACAGUAAAAGUCCCUUUGUGGAUGUGGUGAGUUUUGUUUCAAAUGAGUUUCUUCUGGCUUCACUGAAAGGCGUCCGUGUUCGAACUGUGACGGGCUGGUGUUACAAAGCACACGGGCACCAGCCAAGAGUUUGCAACCAGCUUUGAUUGCAUCUGUUUGCCAGCUACGCCGACAGCUGCACGAGAGCGAGCGAGCUUGGGUUUCUGUUCAACUCCUGUUGCCUCGUGGUGUGUGUUGUACUAAUUGUGUGGGGAGGGGGCAUGUGGACUGACCAUUUGCUGGCCCCCAAGGUUCUCUGCAGCACCCUGAGUGGGGUUUUUUUUUUUUUCUUUUCUCUUUUUCAGCCUGUUGCUGAGCUUUGUGGGGCUGGGAUUAUGCUGUUAGUAACGGCAGAGUCAGAUGAUGUAAAGAUAGGUUGGCAGCAUCUCCAUGAGCUUUGGUGGUUGCAUCUUUGUCAGGCCAGGGAUUAGCUCACUUGUAGGCUGUGGUGAAGGGCACAGCCAGGAUCCCAUGAAACUGGCCCAGACAGGUCUAGCCACCAAAAGCAAUUUACCAUAACUCUCCAAUCCCCUUGUUCUUAAUUUCCCUCCUCUAGCAAAUUCUCUCCAGAAAGUCGAUGUUUAUGCCCUGCGGGUUGGUCCCUCCUGGAUUUCUGCCAAGGGUGAGGCAGACUUGGCCCCCAACGUAUGCAGCAGCUGCAUCAUGCUGGCUAGCGCUCUGGGUUACAAGGGUCACACUUAUUUCUGAACACACAUUUUUCUGAAAACAGGUUUAAGGUAUGCAUUGGUGCCCUCUGCUAGAAGGAGGAAGGGAGCUACCACAGCAAAGCCACAGGUGGGUUCUCACUAGGAACCGAGGUGAGAACGCCUCCUAUCCUUAGCUUUGAAACCAGAGGUGGCUCCAAAGGCAAGAUCUCCACUUUGGUGAGGGUACUGUUUUGUUGGUAUGCACACAGGGCUUGCCGGUACAUGCUCUUGCUCUAGGUUGCCUUGUAUUGCCACCGCCCUGAGUGCAAAGAGAUCUGAAGCGUUGUCACUGAAGGAGGCAGGGGUUGAUGUUUCCUCGGUGCUUAGGUUGACAGCUGCUGUGGGUGCUAAGGCAGUGGCUCAUGUACUGGCGUGUGAAGAGCUCUGCAGGACAUGGGGGGGUCAGGAGAGGAGUCCGAGCGUAACAGUACGUAUGAAAGCCAGCGUCAAUGACACGGCCGUGUUGCGGGACCUGGGCUGCUGCUUCUCCGGAAAGGUAUUAGAGCUGGAAACGCAGAUAGUUCUGUAUAUCUCCUUUUAACACAAUAGCAUGUGGCUCUACACUCAGACGUUGUACCUGGCACACCGGUAUUUGUUUCCUGUGUCUCUGACUUGGUCCGACAAAGGUUUUAGGCCUGGAGACAGGACUCUCACUCCUUUGGUACUGCCUGCCUGGAAAUGCGACUGGGUCCCAAGGCUAAAUCUCUCUCCGUAUCUUCUUUGCAUUCUUUAGGAAAGCAGCUCUAGAAUGUUUACACACUGCAAACCGAAUGUACAACUCCGACCAAGGAACCAAAAUCGGGUUCAACUGCAUGGCAAAUUUCUUGGCCAUAAAGUCUGGCAUGCAUCACAGAGGCCCUGUCUGUGUACAGAUCCACCUGGCAUUUGUCAUAAUCUCAGAUCAUGUCUUAAAAAAAUAUAUGAUGAUGCCAUUUUUUGUUCAUACCGGACACAGCUGUCAUUAGAUUUGUUAUUAAAAGGGGAUUCUUGAUCAUGCCAUUAAAAGCCUGUCUACCUUUU